CUCUGCAAACAACACCGAUAAAGACGCAGAGGCGCCAGCUGAGGACAGCAUUGCGGACACCACAUGAGACCAUGAGAUGGAGGGGCGAGGCUGAAGCCAGCAGGAUCAGUCAAUUAAGAAGGGCGAGAAAGAGUGUCACCUGGCCACACCUCUGUUCUACUCAAGCAGAAGUGAACACAUCGGAGAAGUCAAAUGCAUUUUCUCUUAUUGCUGCCCAGAGGACCGGAAACCAAGCGGUGUGCACCACACUGGGAGACCCGAGAAAACCUGCUGAGUCUCGUCUGUCACGCGGUGACAAGGAAGCCCAGAAUCCAACUACAGCGACUAAAGCACCAGUGCUCUGGCUGGCGAAUUUAACCGGAGCUUUUUUCAGCUUGGGCCAGACACCCAUGGUUUCAGAUAGCCUGGGAACACGGGACACUGACCGCCGUGGCUUGUUAGUUGCAAAGCCUCGGUGGCAGAGUGGCCGGCACACCAGUGACAGGACGCGAGAGCCCAUCCGUCUGCACAGGUGGGACUACAUGGUCAUUAGUUCUGAUAACAAAGGUGAAAUUGCGUGUGGACAGGUCCAGAGGUCCACUCACAUGAACCCUCAUCAACGAAGGCACGAAGACCCGAAGGCCACUGUGCCCGCGGCCUGCUACAAUGACAACAGCGGCGCCUUCGACAUCGCAACAGGGGCGAGAGGCAGCCGGGCAGAAAGCAGACAGGGCUCGGCCACCGCCAGCCCGUACUGGGUGCCUGCGGGCCUGGAUGGGCUGCACACCUGCGACCUUGCCGGCCGGCCAGCCGCCACCCCUGUGAGGCUGCAAGACGCCCGGGCCUCGGAGGACGAUCAGCGUCUAAGACAGGCAGGCUCUGCAGAAACUUUCAUCUGUUUUGUUGCCAUGAAGAAAUAUGAGCUGGAAAACGAAGAGGACGCGGCGGGAAGUAAAUUCUUGGAGUACUUUAGAGUAGAAAUCUUCACUCCUGCUUUGGAGAUGUUAAUUUGGCUUCAGCGCCGAAUCUGCCCGCGUGGAAAGACUGAACUUUCAUGAUUCCCCGCGGGCUCCAAGCGCUCACCCUCUCUGUCGUCCCCAGGCUUCUGUGUCGCACGGGAUGGCGCAGGCUGCUGCGAGGCCUGGCGAGGGACAGACACUGAAGGCUGUGGGGAAGCUUGGCGGGUCAUCGUCCCUUCUCCUUACAGGACCUGCACAGGAGCACUGCGGUGUCAGAACCGAGUAUAUUUGCACAUGAAGGAAGAAUUAAGCUUUAGAAAGAACAAUGACUAGGACAAGGCCAAAUUUCAAAUGUAAACACAGGGCGUGGCUGCUGUAAUCUUACUAAUGGGGGCGGUGUGGGGCUCUGCUUGUCAGCACCACAAUGGUCUUCUCAGAUGUGUCCAGUUUUGCAAAGAUGUGCUGGAUCUCAAGUCAGUAGAAGUUUACACACUUCGCACGCUUCUCCGCUGGCUCUGGAAAGGCUGACGGACUUCCCGGCUGUGAUGUCCUCAAGAAUCGAAUUCACAGAGCUGGGAGGGCCAAGAUCAGGGUGCUGAAGUGACCAAAGUCUUUCAAACAAUACCCUACGUGGAAGCACACUACCGAGACAGGGUCGGGGAUGUGCGGGUGGGUGGCACCUCCUCCUGGUGUCCUCUCUGAAGCCAGACCUCCCUCUAAGCAGCUCAUUCUUUGCAGAGUGUGAGAACAGCUGCCCACCUGGGGCGCUGAGCAGCCUGGAUUCGUGCUUACAUUACCAAUUCUGCUGCCUACAGAAGUUGAGGUUUCUCCAUAGAAUAUUACAUUUCCCAGGCCUUUGUGUGAAUGUGAUAAAAUUGCAACUAUUACUAAAGUUUAGCAUCUUUUGGGAACAAGUCGGAAAUCUGCUUACUAGCAAAUAUGUUCAAUUAAAACUGACCCUGGUCUCAAUUUAGGUGGCAAACACACAAGCUGAACCGUAGCAUAGUAACACUGCAGUGCAUCGGAAGGAAGACACUGUGCGACAAAGAAAUGAUUUUCUGAGCCCACACUGCAGUUGAAGGUGUUCGUGUGACCAGGGCUGGCCAGUGAGGUGUCCGGGGUACAGAGCAGAAGCUCUGGGCACUGGCUGGGAGGACAGGCGGGCACCUCCCCUCCCCUUUCCUGUCUUCAUCCUUCCGGCUGACUGACUUAGAAGAUUCUCACCAGGAGGUUCCCACCAGAGGGUGGAAACUUGGCUUUGUGGAACCACAUUUGAUUUGUUUACAUCCAUUUCUACCUGAAAGAGAGAAAGGCAAACUCUGUGUCUUUUAUGACACAGUGAGGUGGACUCUGUUGAAACAAAACACUUUCUGUCUUGCUUGUGUGUGUGCAUGUAAGUGUAUGUACGUGUGUGUGUGUGUGUGUGUGUGUGUGUGUAGGGCAUUUGUAGGAUAUGGGGAUGAAGAAUAAAAAUAUAGGAACCAGUAAAAGACCUCCUGCAAGGUUUCUCCUUCUAGAGAGGAAAAUCUGAGUUGCUCAGAGGGAGCCACUCAUGCAAAAAACUGUAUUCUCCUUCCCUCUGAUAGAGCUGUACAGAGCCCUCCUUAGCUCACUGGCCUCCACAGGCUGUGUCCAGUGCUUCAGCUGGGUUUUAGCACAAUGAGUAAAAUGUGCCGUGAAAACUCUGCUAAUUGCAGUGCUUUCACUUUUCUUUCCUUUUUCUUGCACACUGUGACAGUUAAAUUGAAUUGUGCCAAUUUGAUUGUGUAAGAAAAGCCCAGGGAUUAAUGAAGUCCACUUCUGCGUGCGUCUGGGUGAGCCGUGACCUUGGGAACUACGUACGCGUCCUGGCCUCUUCUCCAUCUCUGUUGCUCUGCUCUGUGUCCCAACCUUCAUAAAGCAAGUAGCUUUCAUCUGCCAAACCCCUCUGCCACGAUAUUUUCCUCUUGGAACCAACCAACCAUGGACUGGACCCACUGAAACCAUGAG